AAAAAAACCCAUAAUAAUCAGAUUGAUGUAAAACUUUUAUUUGUAAUUAUUUCAGAUGCUGAAGAAGUCGGUGUACAAAAGCAUCCUUGCCCAGUAUGUGGAAAACCUUUCUCUAGAAAAUUCAACAUGCGUGAGCACAUGAAAAUACACACUGGCGAGAAACCGCAUCAGUGUAAAAUUUGUCACAAACAUUUUCGUUUGAAAGGAAUUUUGACUAAACAUAUGGUUGUGCAUCUGAAUGCCUAUGCUGAAGAAGUCGGUGUACAAAAGCAUCCUUGCCCAGUAUGUGGAAAACCCUUCUCCAGAAAAUUCAACAUGCGUGAACACAUGAAAAUACACACUGGCGAGAAACCGCAUCAAUGUUACAAUGAAGAUGCGAUGCUAACAUGUCCAGUCUGUCAGCAAAUAAUUGAUGACAAGUUGAAGCUCGAAGUGCACGUGCAGACUCAUGUAGCGGAUGGCCUGGAGCGAUUUCCAUGUCCUGUAUGUCAGAAAAUGUUCACACGGAAAUUUAACAUGGAGGUUCAUCUGCAAAUACAUUCCGAGAGUAUGACAACAGAGUCUGCAAGAUAUCCAUGUGCGUAUUGCGGAAAAGUUUUCACAAGGAAGUUUAAUAUGGAGAUGCAUGUAAAAAUUCACACUGGUGAGAAGGCAUUUCAGUGCACCAUAUGUGAGAAACGAUUUGUCCAGAAAGGUUUUCUUCCCGGACAGAAGGGCAGGGUUCAGUGUAAUAUUUGCGGAAAAGAUUUUUCCAAAAAGUUUAAUCUGGAAGUUCACAUGAGAAUUCAUCAGGGAAUACGACCAUAUGAGUUGUCAGGCGGUGUCCUGCAGCGUACUAAUCCGGGCCGAGUGCCGUGCCAUAUUUGCGGGAAGGAUUUUUCAACGCGUUUCAAUUUGAAGGUGCACAUGCAGAGUCAUACUGGUGAUAAGCCGUUUCAGUUUACAGCAGUUGGUGCUAGGGCUAUUUUGAUGUUUCUUACAUGUUUUGAUCACUCAAUCGUACAUAGUAAAAUGUAUCUUAUCGGUACUUUAUAUAUAUAUUCAGGACUAAAGACACGUUACCCAUGCAGCAUAUGUCAGAAGGAUUUUGCAACACGACAGGUUAUGCAGAGACAUAUGCGUAUACACACCGGCGAGAAACCGUAUGGUUGUACACAAUGUGACAAGAGGUUUACACAACAAUCCCAACAAAGAGUGCAUAUGAUAUCACAUGCUAAAUAUGAACUAAAUUUGUAAAAAAUAAGAAGGGUUAUUGACAUUGAAAAUGCUGUUCAACUAUGCGACAUUAUUAUUGAUUAGAGCAUGUAGAGUGCGGCCAUAAUUAUUUCCGAUUUACUUUAAAAUGGUUUUGAAAAUUCAAUCAUUUCUAUAUAUCUAUACACAUGUAUGUACAUUUUUAUUUUUAAAUUGUAAUGACAUGGAGUUCCAAUUUGUUUUGUUUUUGCUGUAAUAUUUUGUUAAUGUAAUAUUGACUGAAAUUAGAUUUCUUACUUAUUGACUUUGUCAUUGGUUAACUUCAGCGUUAAUAUUUCUUUACUUUAGACUGACAUUUUCUCGUUUAUCUGAAGAAAUUGACAUAUACUUUCCCUGUUUUUUUUGUAUUGCUCGCUGGAUCGGAGGUGAACUUUUGCAAUAGCAGGUUGUAUGUUUUUUGUAUCCCUCGUUCCAUAAAUUAUGUCGAGAACAACACACAAAAGACCACUUACAAAGUUAUAUAAAAUGGUUUCAGUUUAAUUCAUUAGGAAUUAAAGAAAUGAAGUUAAAAAUAAAAACCCACACAAAUACGUAGUUUUCAAUGACCAGUGCUUUUAGGGUCAUCUUGUGUUUGCAAUGUUACAUUAAUUAAAUCCCUGGGAUCCACCGUGGGAGUUUCUGAAAUUUCAAAGACUUAUAUAUAGGAAGAUACAUUUAAAUCUGUUCGUGUGGAAUUACAAUGCAGAGUUUUAAGAUAUUAAGCAUUUAGUACUGUCUAGUGCAUAUCCACGAAAGCCGUGUAAAUCAUGCCCUGUAUAGAAUACAGACAUUAAAAGAUUUAGCAAGUACUAUUAUCGAGUGGACAAAGUAAUUUCAAUAAUGACCUUUGGGUAGAAUAUAGCCACACCAAAAAUGCCACUCGAUGACUUUUCUGAAUAUGUAUAUUUUAUUCAUAAACAGACUGUUAAGAAUGUUUAGUAGAUCGACAUUUAUGAUUUUUUAGAUUAAAACUCUCUAAAAACAGAGUCAAUAUGGGUUUACUUAUCGUGUUACUGUUUUUUUUAAUUCAACUUUUAUAAAAGUAUUUUCUACGCGAGGAUGAAUUUUCGCGAAUUUAUUUAACUUAAAUGAAGCGAAAAAUAAACCUGUAUGUAAAUUUCUGAUUAUUUGUUUACUGAAUAUUUACACUACUUUUGCAUGUUUUAUUUUGUGAUGUAUUUUUUUCUGUGUAUAAUUGAAUAUCUUUUUAAAUUUUUACUAGUUGUAUUUAUAUUUUGAAUUUUCCAUUUAAGUAUUGUUUUGUGUUAAAAACCAUAAUAAGACACAAAUAUUUUGUAAAUGAAUAUUAUUGUUUUGUGCAUGUUUUACGUUCAAUGAUUGAAAAAAUGCAAGUUUGUAUGAGUGGGAAAUAAAGAUUUUACUAUAUAAGACUUUAUAUUCUGUUCAUUGUUUACGUUCUUUUCACCUUUGCAUACAAUUUGGCAAAUUUUCUUUCUAUUUUUAAUGUGUUGUAAAUUUUCAUUUAAUUCAUUUAAUUUGUGCUGUACGCAAAGUUUAUAUUUCAAAUUUGUCGAAAACUUCAAAA